AUGUGCGGCGGGUUCCUGGGGCGGCUGCUGGUGGAGGGGAGCCGGCACUCCACCCCCGUGGGACGCCCCCCGCUUCCGGCGCUCCUGGGGUUCCGCCUCGUGCUGCUGGCCGCCAGCGGGACGGGCGUCCACGGCGACGAGCUGAGCGAGUGCAUGUGGCACACGCAGCAGCUGGGCUGCAAGGCCGCCUGCCACGAUGCCUUCCGCCCUCUCUCCCUGCUGCGCUUCUGGGCCUUCCAGGUCACCCUGGUGGCUGUCCCCGGGGCCCUCUACGUGGGUUUCACUCUGUAUCAUGUGAUCUGGCACUGGAGGGGGGACUCUGAAAAGGUGAGGAAGGAAGAGGAGACCCUGAUCCGCCAAGGGGAGAAAAGCCGAGAUGCCUUGGGGCCUGGAAGCCCCGGGGUGCUCUGGGCCUACGUGGCACAGCUGGGGGUGCGACUGGCCCUUGAAGGGGCAGCCUUGGGGGGGCAGUACCAUCUGUACGAGUUCAAGAUGCCCAGCUCCUUUGCGUGUCGUCGAGAGCCUUGCCUUGGUAGUAUAAGCUGCAGUCUGUCUCGCCCCUCGGAGAAGACCAUCUUCCUGAAGACCAUGUCUGGGGUCACUGGGCUCUGUCUCUUGUUCACGCUUUUGGAGCUUGUGCUCCUGGGCCUGCGGAGAUGGUGGAAGAUGUGGAAGCACAAAUCUCCCUCUUCUAACUACUUCCCAACUUCAGAGAGCGCCCAAAGACACAAGGAACCGACGGAUAGCUUCCCAGUGGUGGAAAUGAAAGAACAGUCUGGAGAAGCAGGUGAGAGGGGCACUGAUGUCCCUCCUUCUACCUGUCCCUGA